AUGGGCCACCCGCGCUCCGGCGUGGCGCAGCCGCGAAGCCUAGCGGGCGCGUCGGCCACCAGCCUUGAGGCAGCCUGCGAGGCCGCCUCCGUGACCCUCGCGCGCCGCGGGGGCACUUGGUGGUCCCGGGUGUCGUUGACCUCGCAGAGGGCCUUCUCAGCCGCCUCGAAGCACCUGGAGGCCGCCUCCAGGCCAGGCGGCACCCGCACGCCUGUGGGGCAGGCCGCCUCGGCCCCGGCGGCGCGCUCGCCUGGCGCCGCCGCGCCCCCCGGGGGCGGCUCGGCGCGGGCGGUGCGCCCGCCGGGGGUCGCGCCGAUGGCCGGGGCGGGCACGCGCGCGGGGGCGCCGCGGAAGAGGAAGGGCCUUCGGCGGCCUGGGCGCGGCGCCAGCAGCGCGACGCCUGCCGCGGGUGCGCCAGGCGGCCUGGCUGGCGCGGCGGCGCCGCCGCCCGCGGAAGCGCCUCUGGAGCCCAGGGCCGAGUGCGCUAGGCGCGGAAAGCGCAAGCGCCGGGCACCGACGGCCGAAGGUGUGGCGGCGGAAGGCGGCGAGGCCGCCGUGCCCGCCAGAGCGCCGAGGCCGCCGAGCCCCGUUGCGGCGGCGGGCUGCGCGGCUGGCGGGUGGCAGGCGCUGGAGCCCUGGCUGCGGAGCGGCGGGGCCGCCUUCGACGCCGUGGAGGUGCGGCCCGACGCGGCGGCGGGCGGCCUCGGUGCGUUUGCGCGCCGGGCUAUUGGCGCGGGCGAGGUGGCCUUCUCGCUGCCGACCCGCCUCUUCUUGACGAGCGAGGCGGCCGCCCAGGACGGCGUCGUGGCGCAGGUCGCGCAGCUGCUGCGGGAGUGGUCGGAGCGGGAGCGGCCCGAGCUGCUGCUCUGCCUGCGGCUCUGCCGCGCGCUGGCGCGGCCCGAGGACGCGUUCCACGCCUACGCCCGCAGCCUGCCGCCGGAGGCGCCCGGCGCCGCCGCCUGGCCACCCGAGUUCCGGGGCUUCCUCGCCACCACGAGCCUCGGGCCCAGCCUGGCCGCGGCGGACGCGGAGCUGGAGGAGUGGUGCGCGCUGCUGCGCAGGGCGGAGGGCGCCAGCCCUGGGCUGCUGCUACCAGAGGGGGCGUUCGAGCGCCCCCGGCUGCUGUGGGCGCGGGGCAUGCUGCAGUCCCGCCACUUCCCAGGCGCGUUCGGCGGCGUGCCCGGGCGCGACGGUGAUCUUUGCAUGAUCCCGCUGCUGGACGUCCUGAACCACAGGCACGCGGCCGACGUGAGCAUCAGGGUCCGAGCGAACAGCCUGGAGUUCGUCUGCGAUGGCCCCGUGAAGCCUGGCGAUCAGAUCUGGAACAACUACGGCGCCAAGGGCAACGCCGAGCUGCUGCUCUGCUACGGCUUCGCCGCCGAGGGCAACCCGUGCGACAGCGUCCGCCUGCCCCUGCCGCCCGCCGCCGACGGCGCCGGCGCGCGCGCCUCAGAGGUGGUCCUGUCCACGGACGGCGUCCCCCAGGAGCUGAUCGACUCCAUCGAGGAGGCGCAGGACACGGAGUGCUUCGUGGCGCUGUUGCGGGGCGCGCUGGCGCGCCAGCGGGCCACGCGCGCCUGCGCGGAGCAGCUGCCGCGCACCCUGAAGCCCGCCGUGGCUCGCGCCGUGCGCUCGGUCGCCCACAUGGAGGGACGGGGCCAGCGGAUUUCAACGUCUGCAGAGGGCCGGUCAACAGGGCGCGCAAGCGUUCGAUCGAGGCGUUCCUGGACGGGGAGCUGCAGGUCCUGGAGGCCGCGCUCGAGUGCAUGCGCACGGCCGAGGAGGACGAGGGCCCCGAGGGCGAGGAAGAUCAGGACGACUGCGCAGCAGAGAGCGCAGAGGAUGGGCCUGGCAAAGUGGACUUGCAGGAGAUGUUCCGAAAGAAGAAGAAGCGGAGGAGAACGUGAGGAUGUUCCGGCGUGUAGUAGAUAAGCCAGGGGCCCGCUGCGAUGGUGAGUCUCGCGCCACCCUGCUGCUGGAAGACGUUGGAAACAAAGGCAUCCCUCUACGUUUUGGGCCGACUCGUUUUCUCGUCGUCCCGCUCUCUUGCUCUCGUCUCUCCCAGUCUCCC